GUCGCUUCGAUCCGGACCUUUAAUCGAGCACCUGCACGAAUCGCGAGGCACGCCGCUCCCGUCGUCAUCUCCCAUUUCGCGGCUCGCCGGAGGAGUGGGCAGCGAUUCUCUUCCGCGCGCGCCACCGUCCCUUCCGCGCCAGAUCUCGAGCCUUCUAGAAUCUUCCCGCGCCGGCCAGCCUCGUCCAGAUCCAGAACCUUCUGCUGCCACCUCUCCAGAUCCCGAGGCCGCGGCGGCCCGGAGGACGCGAGCGGGGGAUCCACGGGCGCUCUGGAUCGCCGCACCCGCUCUCCGUGUACCCUCUGCGCCUGCGCGGGAUGCCGAGUAUACAAGAACCAGUGCGAUCUAAACCCGAAGACCGCGAAGUAGUCGUGGCGGAGAACGUGAAGAUGGUUGACAUUCAGGACAAGGAAGUUACCAUGGAAGGAAUCUGCUCUAUAGCCGCUUACGACGAGUGGACUCCUCUCUCUGUAUCCGGACAGCCUCCGAAACCCCGAUACAAGCAUGGAGCUGCUGUUGUUCAGGAAAAGAUGUAUGUCUUUGGUGGAAACCACAAUGGCCGUUACCUUGGCGACAUUCAGGUUCUGGAUUUCAAAAGUUUGUCAUGGUCAAAGCUAGAAGCUGAAAUUCAACCAGUACCUUCAGAACCAGCUGAAGCAGUUUUAGUUGCUCCAUGUGCUGGUCACUCUCUGAUUCCGUCCGAAAACAAGAUUUUGUCACUUGCAGGACACACCAGAGAACCGACAGAAAGUCUCAUCGUAAAGGAGUUCGAUCCGCAAACCUGCACUUGGUCAACCUUACGCACUUAUGGGAGGUCGCCGAGCUCACGUGGUGGUCAAUCAGUGACUCGUAUUGGGAACACUUUAGUUGUGUUUGGAGGUGAAGGUGCUGGGAGGUCUCUUCUGAAUGACCUGCACAUUCUUGAUCUUGAGACCAUGACUUGGGAUGAAUUUGAGAGCACAGGUACUCCUCCUUCUCCAAGGUCAGAGCAUGCUGCUGCAUGCUAUGCUGAUCGGUAUCUCUUUAUAUUUGGUGGAGGAUCUCAUUCUACAUGUUUCAGUGAUCUGCAUCUCCUUGACGUGGAGACAAUGGAGUGGUCAAGGCCAGACCAUCAUGGUAUAACUCCAGAACCAAGAGCAGGGCAUGCAGGCGUAACGUUUGGUGAUUACUGGUUUAUUACUGGUGGUGGUAAUAGUAAGAAAGGUGUUCCAGAAACACUUGUACUUAACAUGUCUACUAUGGAAUGGUCGGUUGUUACUAGUCUUGAAGGCCGUGCGCCCCCUACAAGUGAGGGCUCGAGUUUAGUACUACACACAAUUAAUGGAGAAGAUUUUCUGUUGUCAUUUGGAGGAUACAGUGGACGUUACAGCAACGAGGUUUAUGCUCUGAAGACAAGUUUCAGACCAAGUGUGUCAUCCAAUGGCAUGGCCCCAUUAUCUGCAGAUGCAAAUUCUAGCAGGGGGCCCAUAUUCGAAAUUGAAGAACUUCAAGAUAAAAAGAAUAACAAGGGAGGAGAUACCAGCAAAACCUUGGUGCAAACUGUUAAGCAUGAGAGGAACCAGCUAGAAGAAAAACUUGAGCGUGAAAAGAUUCAGACCUUCCACCUGAAGACGGAACUAGCUGAUGUCGAGAACAAAAAUGUGGAGCUUACUCAGGAACUUAAUUCAGUUCGCGACCAGCUUUUGGACGAAGCAGCAAGGGCUUCCAAACUCGAGAAUGAAGUUUCAGAGAUUCAUCAACGGUUGCAGAAGAUGGCGGCCCUUGAAAAGGAGUUCGAAUUGCUUCGGGGUGAAAGGGACAGUGCGGGCGACAAAUCAGCUUCAGGCAGCAACAAGAGACCCGGUGGUGUGGGCUUCCGGAGGUGGUAUGGAGACGACGAGGGUUGAAGCGGGGACUCUUCUGCAGGGUCAUGUUUUCUUUCUUUUUGGGUCGUUUCUGACCAUAUUCUUUUGGUGAAUCCAAUACUUAUGGUUAUAUGAAGAGUUUAAAUUCUUUUUGCAAAGGAACAGGAUGGGCAAAUUGCAGGAUCAAAUGAUCAACUGUACCAAGAACUUGAGAAACUUCAUAGUAUGCUAUUAUCUCGAGUAUAUUCUAGUUCUAUUUGCCA